UCCGGCAUUGCUGUUUUUCAGCACGUUAGGCCUGUCAUAUUGAGACCUAUGUAAAACGCAGAGAAUGCCCUGGUGACGGCAUCAUAAUGUGUUUGUCGGUUUGUCGACUAUAAAGCCCAAAGCUAUCUGUUGAAUAAACACUGUUCUUCACUUCACACCAGACUGAAAAACAGGCUCCUCAGUCAACAUGAAGAUCGGUGCACUGUUUGCAAUCACCCUCUUGGUGGCGCUAAUCGCAACUAGCGAGGCUAGGGCGAUGGGAAGCGGUAGACAAGUAGGCGACAAUAAGCCGGCAGCUGAAUGCUUCAAGUGCCCCCGGCCAACGCGGGAUAUCCGUGUGUGCGCCUUCGACGGUGUCAGCUACCGCACCUUCCCCUCAAGGUGCAUGGUCGACAGGAAAGCUUGCAAGACUGGGAGUAGCUUCACCGUCGUCUCGGAUGGUGCGUGCCCCCUGCCCACCUUGCCCAACCCUCAGGUGGAUGAGGCAGGCGGCGACAAUAAGCCGGCAGCUGAAUGCUCCAAAUGCCCCCGUCCAACGCGGGAUAUCCGUGUGUGCGCCUUCGACGGUGUCAGCUACCGCACCUUUCCCUCAAGGUGCAUGGUGGACAGGAACACGUGCCGGACCGGAAGUAGCUUCACUAUAGUCUCACGGGUUUAUUGCUUCGGACCAGACCGUCAGGUGUUCGACAGAGAGGACGACAGUGACAGUGACAGUGAGGAAAUACCGGAGAACAACGACACGGACGGAGGCGGCAGCCCGAUCACAUCAGCUCCAGUAACCCCGUCGACCGUGCCAUCGCAACCGCCGACAACCCUACGCACGGUUUUUGCAUCGGGGACCGACACUUUCUCGUUACCCAACGGCACAACUCUUCCCUCCGGAUCUCUGGCACCGUCGAUGACUGCCCAGACCAGCAGCCCGGCCGCGGGGACACCUGCCAGCGGGGACCCCGCCGCGAGUAUUUCCGUCACCAGCCGCCCGUGCAACAGCUUCGACAGCUGCGCCCCGUCGUCCUCCGUGUGCGGCACAGACGGGAACACGUACCCCUCGCAGUGCGUGCUGGAGGUGACGGCGUGUGUUGACAAUCUCGACACGCUGACAGUGGCUUAUGCGGGAGUUUGUCGUCCAUAGAUAUCCGUCUGAAUUCAUUCCCUUGACAAGGGAAGACUUAACACAGAGAAGCUAAUAACACCCUUAAGAUUACUUGUUGAUGUCUUCCGAGGCUCCGGUGUCUUCCUUUUUUGUUAGUUCGGGGAACAUUAUUGGCGGCCUUCUGAACUUAUGAGAAUUGAAUCUUAGGUCGUGUCCGAAACGAGCUUCCAGAGCUACGGCUAGGCCAAUUGUCUACGCAUCUCCACGCAUUUCCAAUGGAGCGAAGACCUAGACCUAGCUCUAGACAAGAGAUUCGGACGCAGCCUUAUUGUUUUUGUACGCAUUAUUAUCCAAUAGACAUGAUAAGGAUCUAUGUGCAGAACAUUUUAAAUACUGUCCUUACAAAUACAGUUUGUGUCUCAAUAUACGUUAAGUGCCUUUUUGAUUUUAUGCAAAUGAGAAUUUUCAUAUUCAUGAGCAAAACUGAUGUCAUUUCAGGCAUAAAUGUGAGAAUUACUUUGGAUUGUGUACACAAAACUACUGUAAUUUUUCAUAUUUUGCUGUCCUAACAUUCACUUUUUUCAAUAACAUUGUUGAGAAAGAACACGUUCUUCGUAAUAAGACAUCGAGCAACCCUUCCUCCGAUAUGUCUCACAUUUUUAACAGAAAAAAACAUGAACUGAGCGGGGUCUUACCCGAGUGACAUCACAACAGCAGCGCCCUAUUGUCUGGAAAGCAAGGACAGUUUUGAUUUUAUUUAAAUGUCUCCUUUUGCAAUACCCUUGACCCAAAAGGAUGUCAAAUAUUUUUCGGAUAUCGAAGAGUAAAACAGGAGUUGAACAAAAAGUGCGUCUGAGUAAAAUACAUCGCUUGAACCUUUUAGAGGCUUACAUUCAUUACAACACUUAUCUUGUCUUCAAACACACAUGCUAUCGAUGACGAAAACAGGUGACCUUAGAUUGGGAAAUUGUGGCAUUGCAGUUCGGGAAUAAUGGGGCUUUCUGUAUUUUAAAAGAACAAUCUUCCAUUUUUUCAGAAAACAAAAUUGUUUUGUGCAAUUAAUUCUUUUUGUUCCUUAUCCUGUUAAAGUUCAUAUUCCAGUUUGGUAAAACUUGACUUUUUUUUUGCUUUCCAUUCUUUCUGGAUUAAAUUUUGAAGAUUUCCUUGGUUAAUUAAUAAA